AGCUCACCUGUAAACACAUUUGUAUCAAACCGUCAUUGUUUUAAAUAUUAUUGGCUUUUCUGUUGUUUUUAUUUUUAACUCCAAACAACCGAGUCGUCGUUUCACUUUGUCGGGCUUUUCCAUCCGUCCACAAAAACCAUACGCGCCGUCGUUAAAUGUUCCUUUUCACCUACGGCCGGCUAAUGAUGGGCUAAUUUACGUCACGUCGUUUCCUACUGCAUCAUGCGUUUUAUUUGCGUUCCAUUGUCAAAUUCAAUUGCCUGAGGAAAAAUGAGCAGAGGGAAUGUGAUUCACCGCCUGCUGCAUCUACAUGCUCCUGGCCGGUGGCUUUACUCUUCUACUUCUUGCCCUAACAAAAGACUUUGCUCUUUCUUGACACACUCACCAACAGAAAGCAAAAUCGCCAUCGAAACCCUUCAGUUGCAGCAUCCAUUUCACCAUUUGCUUGGUUUCUCUCUUGAACCACUCAUCUCUGCUGCAUAUCAUUAUUCGUCUUUAACUCCUCGGUUCUUGAACACCAGCUCUACCCAGAGCAAUGAUCAAGAGAAUGCCAACAGCAAAGAAAACCCACUUCUAUAUGGAACUUCUGAAGAGGAAGAAGCAAGUGGAGAAACAGAUGGAUGGGAAGAGGAGGAGGAAGUGGAGUCCAAGGCUGGUGAUGGUGGGGAUGGUGGUGGAGUUGUGUUGCAAGGCGUUCCAUGGGGUGAACGGGCUCUCUCUAUUGCCCGUGAGGUCUUGUUGCAAUUUGAUGAUGACAUAGAGCUCUAUGCUUUCAAGACUACUCCUCGUGGAUAUGUUUAUGUGAGACUGGAUAAGUUGUCAAAUGAAUAUGGAUGUCCUAGCAUGGAGGAGCUUGAAAGCUACUGUCAAGAAUACAGGAAAAAGUUGGAGGAAGUUGGAGCACGGGGAGAAAUACCUGAUGAUUUGGCUCUUGAGGUAUCAUCCCCUGGGGCAGAGAGGAUACUGAAGGUACCAGAUGAUUUAUCUCGAUUCAGAGAAAUGCCCAUGAGAGUAUGCUACGUAGAAGAUCAUGGCCCAGAAAAGGAUGGAAUCUUCUUUCUUGAGUCAAUAGAAACAGAAGCCGAGAACUGCAUAUGGAAGUUGGCAGACGUGAAGGAAAACAGGGACCCUGAAAGCAAAGGUAGACCCUUAAGUCGUAAAAGGAGAGAUUGGAGAUUAAAAUUGCCAUUCAAAAUGCAUAGAAAGGUAACCUUGUACCUUGAAUUCUGAAAUUUCACUGAGUACAUUGCAUUUCUCUGACCUACUUUUGUCAUUAGCUUUCAAGAGUUUUGUUAUGAUAUUUUAGAAAUGGUAUUACAUAUCUUUGGAGCUUUUAUGUAGGAUUACUUGGACUUGUAUUUAAUUUAGCUAUGUUUCUUGCUCCUUAUAAUUUGUUAAUGAAAAUACAGAGAAUGCAGUUUUCUGAUGUAUAAUAUUUCAGUUACUUCUGUC